AUGAAUAACUCAGCUGAGGUCACUUCACUUAUACUAACAGCCUAUGGGAAUAUUGGAGACAUGAGGUAUUUUUAUUUCAUCCUAUUGUUUGUCAUGUACAUCACAAUGUUAUUUUCAAAUACGUUGCUCAUUGCUGUUAUCUGUUUAGAGCGAGGACUGCAUGAGCCCAUGUAUCUCUUUCUCUGUAGUUUGUCAGUAAAUGAACUGUAUGGUGCUACAAGUUUGCUUCCUGCACUGUUACUUUAUUUAUUGUCUGAUAAUAAUGAAAUAUCCUUUGCUUUUUGUUUUAUUCAGAUUUUCUGUUUGUACACAUAUGGCGUGACUGAGCUUGGUAACUUAGCAGUUAUGUCCUAUGACAGAUAUAUCUCCAUCUGCUACCCUUUGCACUACUAUGAAAUAAUAACAUCAUGUAAAGUGUGUUUUUUUAUCUCACUCGUUUGGCUGUACUCUUUUUGUAGUGUAGCAGUUACAAUCUCAUUAAGCCUUCGCUUAAAACUAUGUGGAAAUGUCAUUGAAAAAAUUUACUGUGAUAACUAUCUAUUGGUUAAACUAGCCUGCACCAGUACCACUUUGAAUAAUGUGUAUGGGCUUGUUGGCACUUUUUUUGGUGUAGGUAUAACAUUUAUUCCUAUAUUAUACUCUUAUGCUAAGAUUCUAAACAUUUGUAUGACGUCUUCAAAAGAGACCAGACUGAAAGCUUUGAACACUUGCUUUCCUCACCUGGCAUCACUGAUAAACUUUUCUGUUGGUGUUUUAUUGGUGAUUAUUCAAAGCAGGUUUGAUAUGACCCAUGUUCCCAUUGUUCUUAGAACAGUCAUCUCAGUAUACUUCAUAAUGUGUCCACCUCUGUUUAAUCCCUUUAUGUAUGGGCUGAGGAUGAACAAAAUCAGAGAUGCUUUUAAAAACAUUAUCUAUUAUAAGUGGCAGCUGUAUCCUUUAAUGAGGUCUGCAAAAUAA